CCCGACAGAACUAUCAGCCUAUGUCACGACAAGGAAGGUCUCCUGCGUCUCGCAUUCGACUUGCUGGUCGAGGAACGCUGGGGGGUCAAGUGGUUUGGCGCAGACUGCGAGCGAGUGAUCGCCCAGCCACCCAUUUGGCCCGAUGACUCGACAGUGUAGGUCUACAAGCAUAUUUCCCCUCACAACAACUACCCAUAUAUCCUUCGCAGUUUCUACUCUUCUUAAAUUUACUUGGACUAACUGGUGCUCUAGCCUUAUUGUCCACUUUACGUCGCUGCUGCGCAAGGUCUUUCACUUCCAGAAGCUGAGGAUUGCCAAAACCGCAAAGGGAGAGCAGAAUAGCCGAACCCCGGAGCUCGCACAUGAAUCACCUGUGCAGGAGCAGGACCCGAAUGUGGUGGAGAUUCCCGACCCAGCCUGGACUCGACAGCCUAUUCAACAGUAUCGUUCCUUCCAAAUCCACAGCUCAGGCGCGGCACAAAUUCAGCAACCCCUUCCUGAUCUCUCCGAGAUUCCAAACCUAGCUUUGACUCAACCUUCCACCGCGCAGUCAUCUACUUCGUCGGACGCAACACAUAUACAGGAGCAGGAGCCUGACGUGAUUGACAUCCCCAACCCGGUCUUGACUCAACCGCACAUUCGGCAGUCUUUUGCUUCGUUUGUUUCGGUCGCGGAUUCGGCCAAUAUUGAGCAGCCUCCUUCCGAUUUCUCGUCUCAGACCCGCGCCAUAGCCUUCACCGCGUCACCAAAGCGGCAUCGUCUCAAUUCUCCAUCUCAGACCCGCGCCAUAACCUCGAUCGUGUCAUUAGAGCAGCCUCCUCCUAAUUCGGCAUCUCAAAACCACAUCAUGACCUCGAAUGCGUCGCCAGAGCAGCCUACUCUCAAUUCGCCUUCACAGGGCCGCAACAUGGCCUCGAGUGUGUCGCUAGAGCAGCAUCCUCUCAAUUACUCCUCUCAGAGCCGCGCCGUAGCUUCAUAUGCGUCGCCAGAGCAGCCCCCUCUCAAUUCAGCGUCUCGGGGUCGCAUCAUAGCCUCAAAUGUGUCGACAGAGCAGCGUCCUCUCAUUUCGUCGUCUCAGAGCCGCACCAUGGCCUCAUAUGUGUCGACAGAGCAACAGUCUACUCAUCCUCCACCCCAGCGCUCUCCCCGCGCUCGGACUGCAUCACCUAUCCGGCAGGUUCAGGCCUUUGUUGGCCCCAUGCUCAGCGGUGCGAUCAAGCGGAAGCGAGACUGGGACAUUUUCAAUGAGAACCCCGUCCAAAUUAUCGAAGUCCCUGACAAUGCCAACAUCCGAUACACCAUCAACAUCAAGAACAAAGUUACCCACAUGAACCUUGCCGAUCCCAGCGUGUAUUACCACACCGAUACGGCAGUUUCCAUCGGCAUUUUCACAGUCAUCAAAUCGGGACUAGAAGCGGCGGGCUUCUCCCCCAUCUUCCAGAUGGCGAACACACAUGGUCCCGCCGGGUUGUGCAUUCACAACGAGGUCCAGUGGAAGGAGUCGGUGCGGAGCUUGUACUUCCCACCCCGCACCAAUUACUUCAUUGUCGAUGUCUUUAUCUGAGCGUGAUGCUGGGCAUGAGAGGGGAGUCCACUCAAACUAUAAGAGAGGCGUCCGAUCGAAAGGACCAAAAUGGAUACCCUGCGAUUGAAUCGGAGAGGUGGGGAUUCCAAAUCGAACAUAGAGGCACGAAGCAGAAUCGGAACUUGAGAGACUUCGAUCUAGGGAGAAUUACAUGAGCCUGGCUGGGCUUGUUUACGACGAUUUCGACACGAAGUCACAGCACACUUUAAGCUCUCGAUUCGGGAGGGAGCCUUUUUUGUUCUCCUAGACGGCCGACUACUAGUAGUAGCUUCUGCUAUCGUCGUGGAGGAUGACAGGAUUACCUGGCAGGGGUCGAUCCGGCACGAGAGCCGGAUAA